UUCCUGAGCUGUUCCGGGAGAGAAGCAGACAGGCACCUGGAAAGUGGCCACUUUUACACGCUGUGUCCCAGGAAUAGGUUGGUGCAAACUCUCCCUCUUCACCCAGCUCCUGUCACUACGGAUGCAAUAGAACAGGUCACAGCACCAGCUCGUUAUCAUGGCAAGUGUCGUGACUAAGGAGGGCACUGUGCAAGUUGAAGGGCAGCAGUUAUUUUACCGUCAGACUGCACCAGCUGAGCAGACCCCCAGAUUAUCUGUCCUCCUGCUCCAUGGCAUUCGCUUCUCCUCUGACACUUGGUUGAAGCUUGGAACCCUCCAGGAGCUGGCAGGGGCUGGUUACCAGGCAGUAGCUAUCGACUUACCAGGCCUGGGUAACUCCAAAGAAGCAACAGCUCCUGCCAAAGUGGGGGAUCUGGCUCCUGACAGCUUUCUUCUGAGUGUGCUCAAGGGUUUGGAGCUGAACUCCGUAGUGAUAAUCAGCCCAUCACUGAGUGGGAUGUAUUCACUGCCCUUCCUGUUUGGGCACCGUGACAUGGUGAGGGGAUUCAUUCCUGUCGCCCCAAUCUGUACUGAGAAAUUCUCAGCCGAGCAGUACUCCAGUGUGCAGACCCCAACGCUGAUUGUCUAUGGUCAAGAGGACAAGUCGAUGGGAGAGACAUCGUUCAAACAUCUGAGAAACCUGGCCAACCAUAAGGUGCACGUUAUGACGGGUGCACAGCAUGCCUGUUACCUCGAUAACCCUGAGGAGUGGCAUCGGACCGUGCUGGAGUUCCUGAAGAAUCUGUACUGAAUCUCCUCAGGCGUGCGCUGCUGCAAAAAAAAACAAAAUUUACCAAUUAACAACUGGGUUAAUCAGUUUCUGUUAAGUUAAUCAUGCGUUAAUCUACGAAUCCGAAAAGAAAUCAGUGUUUAUUACCUGCUGCCCUUCCUUCAAUGGCAAUGUGAUUUUAUUCUAACUACAUUCUGAUGUCUCAAUGUGAUUGACCAGAUUAUGCAAUAUACAGAAGGGGUGUAAUGGUACAAACUGUUCUCUCUGAGAAUUGACAAAGGUGAUGAUUUUGAAGAUAGGAUCUGAUUAUUUGAGCACUUCUUAUCUGUCAUCCUUCCUGCUACCGUGGGUCAUCACCAGACAAGAGUGGAAAGUGCCAGUGAUAUCAUUCCAGAACUGUAUGUUGCAAGGCCUCCAAUCAUCUGCUCACAACAAUGCAUAAGACCAUUCGUCCCAUUGAGCACCUCUCCCUGUUCUUUAGCUUUAACUCUACUUUCCUGCUUGCUCCCCAUAUCUCUCAAUUCCCUGAGUGACCAAACAUUGUCGGUCUUAGUCCCAAAUGGAUUGAAUCAUGCAGCAUUUACAACCCUUUGUUUGGAGCAAUUUCUCCUCCUCUCAGGCCAAAAUGGUUGGCCCCUUCUCCUGAGACAGCUCCUUGAGUCCUAAACCAGGGGAAACAACCUCUUUUUGUUGACCCUACCAAGUUCCUUCAGAAUCUUGUAUGCUUCAAUGAGAUCAGCUUGCAUUCUAAACUCCAGAGAAUAUAGGCCCAAUUUCCUCUGUCUCUCAUCCCAAGGACUAGUUUCCUGUGCAGUCUCCAACCCAUGUAUGUCCUUCCUUAAAUAUGUGUAUCUAAAUUGCACAUAGUGUUCCAGGUGUGGUCUCACCAAGACUUUGUACAAUUGUAGCCAGAUUUCAUGAAUCCAGAAGAUGAAGGGCUGAUCAGUUGAAGGUGUUAAGGUGAUGAAAGGAUUCAGUAGGUUGAGCUGUGGAGAAUGAGUUUCCUCUGGUGCAUGAUGCCAGAAUAAAGGGGAGAUAUCCUUCCGAUUCGAAACAGGACAUUUGGGGAGAUGCCAGGAAGCACGUCCACACGGAAAGGGUCAAGGGAAUCUGAAACCGCCUUCCCCAGAAACCUGUGGAGACUCGGUGUGUGUGAUCCAAGCAUUCUUUUCCGAAACCUUUCGAUUUCAGCAGCAGCUUGUUAGAACUCAGUCUUCGGGUAACGAAACAGCCAGAGCUUAGAGCAACGCUGACUUCCCGCACUGAAAAUAAAACAAGGAGCUGAUUUGACUCUUGAGUCCACAGGCAGAUUCUCCUGAUAAUUUUGAAACGGCUGCUAAGUUAAUGGAAUGCUCUUGGCUUGAUGUGCCUGGGAUUGGUGCUAGCUCUUCAAAUUUGAGUUAACAUUCAUCUUCUGGAGAGGUCCAGAUCGGCUACCUGUUCGCCACCCCACCUGACUGCAAUAAAAUUGGGCAGAGGCGUACAACAGCCAGUUCUAACGGGACUGUUGUGGGGCACAGUGGUAGUGUUCCUGCCUGUGUACUAGGAGGCCUGUGUUCAAGCCCCACCUGCUCUUAUUUGGGCAAGAAAAAUAUCUACAACAGCCAGUUCAUCCUGCAGUAUCUGUUUGUGACCCUGUUGCAGUUGGAUUUCAUUGCUGGCAACAGUGAAUUGCAAUUCUUAAGCUUGGAUUAAAAAAAAGUGCUCAAGGUGUGGGCAGUAUGCUUGCCAGAUUAGUUAUUGCCCAACCAAUCGAGGGGUGAGUUGAGGUUUUUUUUUCCUCUCCCUACUCUACCACUGCCCCCCCCCCCCCCCCCCCCCCCCCCCGCCAACACUACCCUUGUUGUGUGUUUGUGUAGUGCAGUGACUCAGUGAAGACGCCAUGUGCAAGAAACUUUAUUCAAUACUUUCACCACCAGGAAAACACCCAUGUGGCCAGUGAACCAGUCACAAACAGAGCCCAAUAAGGGCAAUGCUUAUGUGAAGAAAGUGAGUGGAGUUUUCUAAAGGCCAAAGCACCUUUCCAACCUGGAUUACCAAGAAUGUAAGGAUGUUCAUGAAAACAUUCUGAUUUUUUGUUUAAAAGGAAUUGUUUCAUCUGGUGCCAGCUCACAAAUGAUUUGAUUGGGAAUUCAAAGUUGUACCUGGUCACAGUGGGAUUUGAACAUUUGAUCUCCACAUUAUUACACUAGAGUACUGUGUGCCUGUAUUCACUCAUCACAGUCGACAGUCAUUUCAUUCAUCAUUUUUAUGCCUUAAACAAAAAUACUUAACUCUAAAUAUGGCUAUCCUUUUAAUAUAAAUCACACACACUUGUACUUCUAUAAUAAUGCUACUUUCUCUGGGUUGAGUGAAUUUCUAGAGGUUUUGAUACUUUGUCUGUACCUGUUCUCAUUGCACAACAUUGUAACCAUAACGUCAGUUGACUUAAUGUAAUUCAGAGCAGAGAAUUAUCAGACUUUGAUCGUUGUUUGCAGAAAAGGUAUCAAACAAGAGAUAAUAAAUUCUGGUUAAUUUGCCAUAAAUGGGA